GUGGGUAUCCCUCGUGGCGUUGUUUGGUUCGCCAUUUUAGGUCGUAACCUGGUUGUUCGAACGGGUUUCGUCGUUGAAUGGGUGCUGGAUACCAUCAUGAGCGAUGAAGACAGGGAUGUUGAUAUAGAAAGCGAUGAGGACGAUGACGAACUAUCCUCAAAUGCCAAUACACAGUUUAUGACACAGGCUGAAAAGCGUGCUCAUCACAAUGCAUUAGAGAGAAAGAGGCGAGAUCAUAUAAAAGACAGCUUUUCAAGUCUACGAGAUUCAAUACCAUCUCUGCAAGGGGAAAAGGUAUCAUCAGUCAAAGUGUCAAGAGCACAAAUUUUAAAAAAGGCAGCAGAUUACAUUCAGUUCAUCAGACGCAAAAAUCAAGGUCAUCAAUCGGACAUUGAUGAUUUAAAAAAACAGAAUUCUACAUUAGAACAACAAAUCAGAGCCUUAGAGAAAGCCAGAAACACAGGACAAUUUGCUCAGAGUAGUAGUGUUGGCUUUGAUGGCUCUGAAUCAGAAAGUUCAGUUGAAGGGGACUUGGCUGGUGUUAGAAGAAAAAAGUUAAAGACAGCCUAAUUAUUAACCUUUUGUGUAUGGAUUUGUACUCGUAUUGUCGAGGGAGAAAAUGAUUUACACCUUUAUAAUGUAAAAUUAUAAAAAUGUUCAUGUAUGGUCUAUAUUAUAUGAAGAUCAAAUUGUAUGCAAAAGGGCUCAUUUAUAUUUGCCAAAUCUCUUUCUAUUUUCUAAUCUGUGUCAAGGUGUGGAUUCUUCUGAUUCACAUAAGUCAUCCACAUUGAAGAUAAAAUCGAAAAUUCAUAGAAUUACACAUCAAAAUACAUUGAUGUUUAACAAGAACUACAGCAUUUGUAAAUUUUUCAUAUCACCAACAUUCCGCACACAAUUCAGACAGUUGCUAGUCAUGUAUAGAUGAGCCCUGGCUUAACAGAUUUUUACUAUUAAUGCCGCACUUGAAUUUGCCCUGGACAAAAGCCCUUUUAUAGUGCCAUUGAAUCAAAGAAAUGAUUGAGAAAACAUAUGUACUUUGUCAAAAUACAAACAUGGUUUAAUUCUAAUCAAUGGUUUAUUAAAGUCUUACUGCUUACAAGAAACUUUUAAAACUAAAUAGACAGCAAUCAUGUAUAAAACAAGUAAAAUAUAUGUAUGUACCAUUCUUAACAGAAUUAUGUAAAUACACAUUUACAUCAAUCUAUAAUCAUAUGAAUACAUAUGUUAAAGAGCAGUUAAAGAUAUGAAAUAUUGAUUCUCUGUGUUAAAAUGUUUGUAAACUAUGGUAUUCUUUUUAAAAAUAGUUUAAACCAAAAGGCACCAACUUAUUAUUCUUUGUGGGACAUGUUUAUCUUUAAAUAAAUUGUUUGAUUUUGAAUAUCUUCAGGGAAAAAAACAUAAUUUGCCUCAGAAGGGAAGUGAAAAAAAAUAGUUUGUUUUCAUUUGAAUAUAGUUAAAUAAGAAUAACAACAUUGUGUUACCAGAAAAAAUGUCUAGUUCCUGUAUAUUAAGAAAUGUUAUUUACUUCAUAAAAGUAAAAAAAAAAUCCCUUCCUCUAAAAUAUAAAAGGUCAGUGUAAUUAAGGACAAAAGUAUUUUUUAUUUUACUCACUAAAAGGUCAUAAUUUAUGACAAACAUUGUUUGUUUCAUUUUUUUGAAUUUGAUCUACAUUUUGUACUAAUAGGUUUUGACUGAUGUGUUUUGCGAACAAAUCUUUUUUGAUGUAUGUUUAAGUACAGUUCCUCUCCCAUACAUUUGUCCCCUCCUGUAAAGAUUAAAUGCAGUGUAAUCCAGUUUCAGUCGGGGGGAAUAAUCAGGAUUAUAGUAUAUGACUAUAUCCUCAAAUAUCAAGAAAAGAAAUUAAUAAAAAAAAUUCUAUCCUCUCAAAUUUGUCGAAAAUACCUGCAAAUUUUCUAUAGCCAUAGAUAUUUAGUUGUUGCUAUAUGUAUUGGUAUUUUAAUUUAAAAAUGUAUUUUAGAUAUGUACACAGGUAUAAAUCUGAAUUUUUAUAUUAAUAAAAUAUGUUUGUUCUGAUGUCAUCAUAUAAUUUUUCUACAUGAUAUUAAGGUAUAAAGUGUAAAUACAUUGUUUGCAUACAACUGUAAAGUGUUGAACUUUGUCCUAAAAGCUUCUUUCUCAAUUUAUUAAACAAUUAAUUCAAACAAAAAAAAAAAGCAUUACAAAAAAGACAGAAACAAUUUUAAUGACUUUAAUUCAACUUAUCCAUUAUUCAAGGCAAAAAUUACAAUUGUAUUUUAAUAAGUUUGAUAAUGAAGAUAUAUGUAAUUUUGAAGGGUCUACUGAUGCUGAUUUACAUGGGGGGCACACCACACCCCAAGCUUGUAUUUAUAGAAAAAGAAUGGCACUUUAAAUCAAGUUCAUUACCUAUAAUCAGAAGAAAAGGCACAAGUAGCUUUUAUUUAAGUUUUAAAAUAAAAUGUCAGAGAAGUCUGGUGAAAAUUGGUGCAGAUAUUUUCUUGUAUAAAUAUGCUUUUAAUAUAAACCACAGUGCAUCUACAAAAUUUACUUAAUUUUAAUCUUGUUACCCAGUUUUUAUUGAUACUUAUUAAAAUAAUUUUGUUUAAAGUUUGGGAAUGUAUUAAAGUGUAACAGUUCAUUUGGGUUUAGUAAGACUUUAGAUUAGGAAUGGAGAGAUGCUUUGUCCAACAUGCCAAGGCUGCAAGCUCUCAAUUUGCUUGCCUUUGUAUUGUGUAAAAGUAUAGACCUUCAAGAGCAAUUUUAUUGUAGGUUUUAGUAUUUUAUAAUAAUAUGACAUGAAAUACCUGAGCUUAGUCAUCUGUUUUAUAUUUUACCUCAAAAGUAUCUCGUUUUCUGUCUCAUUUGGGGGGAGGAAGGAAUUCAUCACAAGGCAGAAACAGUUGAUUGACAAAUCCUUUACACUUGCACAUUUACAUUAAAUAAUAGAUCUCUUUAAAGUGUUUGUAAAACAGGGCAAGGCAACUAUAAAUAAAAAUAUAUUGAGAUUUUAUGUAUGUAAUUAAGGAGGAAAAUUGUUGAGUUUUUAGUCUUUUUUUAUAUGAUUGUAUGAUAUACAUUAUAAUUUGUACAGAUAUGUAGUAUAAUGAAAUGUUUUUGUUGUAAUAAAUGAUGAAAUACUA